AUGUCUGAAGGGGAGAGCAAGGACAGCUCAGGCAGCGAGUGCCCAGUGUGCUACGAGAAGUUUCGGGAUCUGGAGGGUGCCAGCCGGACACUGAGCUGUGGUCAUGUGUUCUGCCACGACUGCCUUGUCAAGUACCUGCUCUCCACUCGAGUGGAUGGGCAGGUCCAGAGGACCAUCGUCUGCCCCAUCUGCCGCUACGUCACCUUCCUCAGCAAGAAAAGCUCCCGCUGGCCCUCCAUGCUGGACAAGAGCUCCCAGACCUUGGCUGUGCCCGUAGGCCUGCCUUCUGUGCUACCACCAGACACUCUUGGCCACACAAACCCCCUGGCCAUCUCCCAGCCUGUCUGGAGGCCAUUUCCAAGCCAAGUGAGGCCACCAGGAAGCCCAAGUCAGAGCACUCAGCUCCCCUUGGACCUGCUGCCCAGCCUACCCCGGGAUCCCCAAAUUUUCAUCAUCAGUCGCCACGGGAUGCCCCUGGGGGAGCAGGACAGUGUCCUGCCACGACGCAGCCUAGCAGAGCUCUCAGAGGCCUCUCCCGCCCCCAGCUCAACGCGGUCAUUCUGCUGUCGGUCACGAGCCCUACUACUCAUCACAUUCAUUGCCAUAGUGGCAGUGGUGGCUGCCAUCUUGCCCUGGGUCCUGCUGGUGAGGAAGCAGGCAUGA